AACAGCCACAAUUAUCGUCGCCGGACACGAAAGAGCCCCGACGCGACUUCAAAAUGGCGGAUAAACUACUUAAAGAGAACCCUUUGCGGGCAGUCCAGGUCGAAGCCUUGGUGGUUAUGAAAAUUAUCAAACAUUGCUCACAGACAUUCCCAACUACCGCCACGGGAUCCAUCGUCGGUUUGGACGUUAACGGCACCCUCGAGAUUACCAACUCUUUUCCCUUCCCCGUCGUUGACAUUCCCACUCUCGACUCUCACCAUGAAUCUACUGCCGCUUCAAAUUUUGCUGCGGCUGCGCCUCGUGCCAAGGCAAACACCGUUUACCAGAACGAGAUGAUUAAGAUGCUGCGAGAAGUUAAUGUCGAUGCGAACAACGUUGGCUGGUACACGAGCGCCAACAUGGGCAACUUCGUCAACCCUCAUUUUAUCGAGAACCAGUUCCACUACCAGAAAGACAUCAACGAGCGAACCGUCGCGAUCGUUCACGAUGUCAGCCGCAGCUCUCAGGGAGGCCUCAGUCUUAGAGCAUUCAGGCUCUCGCCCCAGUUCAUGGCUGCUUACAAGGAGGGCAAAUUCACUACUGAGAGUCUCCAGAAGAGCAACAUGAGAUACCAGGAUAUCCUGAUCGAACUUCCUUUGACGAUUCACAACUCUCAUCUUCUCACUUCCUUCCUCCACCAACUCCCGGAGAAGCCUCGCACCGGCGAGCUCGAAUUCCCCUCGAACCUUGCCGCAUUGUCGCAGGGACCAAAUGUCCCUCAAGCGCCCUUGUACCCCAACUUCGACUCUCUUGAUCUUGCUAUCGACCCUUUUCUCGAAAAAAAUUGUGACCUCCUCCUGGACAGCAUCGAGAACCACCAAACCGAGAACAACAACUACCAAUACUACCAGCGACAGCUUGCGAGAGAGCAGGCCAAGAUCACCGCUUGGCAGCAGAAGAGAAAAGCGGAGAACGCUGCAAGGGCUGCGGCCAAGCAGCCCGCUCUGCCCGAGGACGAGUGGACGAGACUUUUCAAGUUGCCUCAAGAGCCUAGCCGCUUGGACGUGCUUCUCAACUCCCGCCAGGUCGAGCAGUAUGCUAGACAAGUGGAUGGUUUCACCGCCAGCGUAAGCGCCAAGAUGUUUGCUGUCAAGGGAAAUUUGUUGCCAGGAGACGUGCAAUGAUGAAACGACAACUACGAUGAUAGUCUUUGUCCUCUGAAUCUGGGCUUUCUUUUCUGGUCCCGUCGGUUCCAAGUGACGGCUCUCUAGCCGAGGGUCCGGCGUUAGAAUAGGAUUCUUAAUGUCAUGUUCUUUUGUAAAUCGUCCUGUUUUGUCACAGUAUGGUAGAUAUCAAAAUUGUGAUUAUAGAAAG